AUCUUGGAAUUCGCAAGAAGGUCAAAGACUUCACGUGUUGUGAGCUAUAGCUGGGAUCGUCACGCCGCAAGAGCGCCCACAGAUUCGACCGCUCCCGUCCGCGACCACGAUGGAAAAAAACAGGAUGCGCCUUUCCUGGUGAACCUCGCAGCUCACAGCGCACUGAAGAUGGUCAAGAUGAAGAACAGCAUCUUCCGCAAAGUCUCAAAAACUUCGGACGAUCAGGAGCCGUAUGCCGAGCGCGUGUACAAAGACGACUACGCGCCGUAUGUGAAAUCAUCCUUCCGCUCCCACUGCUGCGAAAAGUAUCCCGAUGAGAAGCCUCUUGGACGUCUCGAGAGUUCAAGAAGCAUGGCAGAAGUAUUUCGUCAUGCUGUGCGGAUGCAUGGGGACAAACCUUGCAUGGGCUACAGACCUCUCCUGGAGACAUUGGCAGGCGAAUUCGAGGGACGACCUAUCAACAAAUUGAGUCAGGGUGGAUACAAGUUCCACUCGUAUGAAACUGUCGAUCAAUUGGUGGACUUCUACGGGCGAGGAUUCCGAGAGAUCGGAAUCAGGCCUCACGACAGAGUGGCCAUUCUCGCGGAGACUUGUUUCGAAUGGAUGUGUAUCGCCCUUGCGCUCAUGAGAUAUAACAUGCCCAUCGUUACUUUGUACGCUACGCUCAGCGAGGAAGGCGUCGUUCACGGUCUCACGGAGACGAGGGUAUCGACCGUCGUCACUUCUCAAGACCUACUCGAGAGAAUGCGGGAUCGUUUUGCGAAAAUCCUCACUCUGAAGCACAUAAUCUACUUGGAGAGAGUCGACAAACCCGUUCCUCGAUCUGUUCUGGGCAAAGAGUUGAUGUCAUCGACAACGUUGAGGAACCUGGGCGAGCACCCGGAGAACGAUUAUCGUCCCGAAGACCCGAAACCGCAUGACGUCGCAAUCCUGAUGUAUACGAGCGGUUCGACGGGCGUUCCGAAAGCAGUAACGUUGACCCAUCUCAAUCUACUCUCGGGUGCAAAAGGUCUUGGAGAGGUUUUCGAAUCGUUGAAAGUCCGAACGGACGAUGCUUACGUCGCUUACCUGCCUCUGGCUCACGUUUUCGAACUGACUUGCGAAAUCAUCGCCAUCCUGUUCGGGGUCAAGAUCGGUUAUUCUUCGGCGACAACACUCACUGACAACUCGCCGAGCAUCAUCCCAGGCCAGCAGGGGGACUGUUCGAUUCUACAGCCCACGAUCAUGCCAGCCGUACCGCUCAUGCUCGACCGAGUUAAGAAAGCUGUCAUUCGGAAGUGCAGGGAGAAGGGGGCUGUUUCGGCCCGCGUCCUCGAGCUGGCGAUUCAGGAAACUCUGAAGCGGCACAAGCGGGGCCAAGACGCUACAAUCUACGAUAAAGAUAUAUUCGCGCAGAUCCGAUCCGUUGUCGGGGGAAAGCUGAGGAUCAUCGCGACCGGCUCGGCGCCGCUCUCGCCUGAAACCCACGCAUUCAUACGAUCCGCUCUCGGUUGCCUUGUUAUACAGGGCUACGGCCUAACGGAGUCCUGCGCGGCUGCGACCUGCAUGACGCUCGAUGAUGACGCUACGGGCGAGGUUGGUUGUCCCGUUGUAGGAGCGUACGUCAAGCUCGAGGACUGGCAAGAAGGCGGCUAUUUCGUUAAGGACAACAAGGGCGAGAUCAUUCUUGGCGGAGAGAUGAUUGCGGCUGGCUACUUCAACAACGAGCGCCUGUCGGCUGAGUGUUUCUUCGAAGAAGGGGGCAUACGGUGGUUCCGUACAGGCGACAUCGGCGAGGUGACCGAUAGGGGUACAUUUAAAAUCAUCGAUCGGAAGAAAGAUCUCGUCAAACUGCAGCACGGAGAGUACAUUUCUCUCGGAAAACCUGAGAGUGGACUCGUCACAGCCGCCAUGAAGCUGUGCCGCAAAGAAAUCCAAAAAAAAUAUCAGACUGAGCUUGAUCAGCUAUACAGGUAGAUUUUUAAAAUGUUGUACCAGACGACGGCUCGCAAGAGCCGAGCUCCUUAUGCAACGACGUUCCUAAGAUUCGCGACCUCGGAGCAGUCGAUGAUCUUUGAGCUCGCUCCAAACUAUCACGUGGAAAUAUUCCUCAUUGACUUGACGACUUGUUGGAUGAGUCUCUAUCGGAAGCAGACGUCAACAAUCCUUAUUUGACUAUGUCAACUUUGAGCAUUCUACUUUUUUCCCUUCCCUCUGUUACACUCUGUCGAUGUGGGGCUCCGUGUUAUCCUCCAGGAGUAUUUUGAGAAGCCGUGGAAGGAAACAACAACGCGUGCACGAGGGGAACUGUGAUUAGGAAGCUCUUAGUCAUUAAAUGUAGAUCCAGCGGAACUGUCGAGCAUAGCUUUACGAAAACUAGACUCAAUCUAUUAUUAAGCUAGGUUAUUGACUAGACGCUCUUACUCCAAUAAAUAUCUUAA